AUCUCCUUUGGCAGAAACAAAUAGUCGGAGCAGCAAAAGACUGUAGACCACUCGGUUCCUACUUACAUCACCAUCCGCACUAUGGAUUUUGAGGAGUUUGAAGUUGAUAUCGAGCGAGCCAUCGAGGGCUCCAAGCCAUCAAAAUCAUUCACUGUUGUAGGAGCUUUGAAGUGGAUCGAUUCGACUUGGUUCGCACCUGCAAGUAGGAACGCGCGCUGGAUGGACCUCAUAGGAGACUAUGCUGGUGCCGAACCUUUUGUAAUUGACGGUCAUUCCCUACUCCAAGUUGUGCUUGAUGAUCGUCUGCUCGCACUAGCGAAGGAUGAUGACCCAUCAUUUCAGAUCAUUCAUGCGAUCUAUUCACUAGAAUGCAUACUGAAAAACUUUCGAAAUCGAUCAGCUAACUUUGAUAUCGUUUUCUUUGACGUCAACCGACACCUAGUACUGCGAGCGGGCGAGUCGGAGUUUGCUGUUGCAUCGCGAGCCCUAGCCAGGAGACUCUUAUAUAAGCACCUCCAGUCGCUGGAUUCGGUGAAUACCUUCACCUUUGCAAGUCUCUCCGACAAAAACUGGGUCGAUUAUCGUGUUCGAGUGAAGCCAAUGUUUGUCAUGGUCAAUGACGGCGGUAUACUGAAGGAAGAUGUCGGUAGACAAUUCGCCGCCCAUCAAAUACUCGUUCAACGAUUAUUCAUCUUCGAUUUGCUGGCUAGUGGCUUGGCAAUGGCGCCGCUCCAGGGUGCUGAUUUCAAGGAUACCAAGAUAUUAUCUUUCGUCUUCGAAUCAAAGCUACGCUUAAGCCAUCAAGGGCGUCUUCCUGGUGCUGUUUUAUCUGCGGGUGUUGCUGCCAUGGACAUUCUUGCUAGUCAUGAACAAGGGCCAUUCGAUCAAGUCCGCAGCUGCGUCCUCAGUGAAGCAUCGGCGUCCCUAUCUUCCUUUGAUCUCCGCGCGACCUUGAAGGAUGUUGGAUUGUCAUAUCUUUUAGCAUUCAAGAGCGACACUCAGCCAUCGCUACUUGCUGUUUUCAUCAUCCACGUUCUUCUUCUCAAGAGUAUCUCUGUCCAGGAUCGAGCGCGGCGCCUGGCGCCAAUGAAACCUGACCUUUUCACUACAUUGAUGAAAUCCUUCCUACCUCGCAUCAUUCAAGCAACAGAAGCAGUCCUUGUAGCAAAUGAUGCAUCCCUCGACAUUGAUAUUCGUGUAUUCCUUUGUGUCUUGCGCUAUCUUUCCGAGCAUCCAGCUCAAUCAUUAACGGAGAUUCUGGGACCCGCUGUGGCCAAAAAUGCAGAAGAUAUCUUUUCUGAGUUGAAGCUCCCGCACCUCAACUUUUCGUGUUUGAGCGUAUCUUUCCUUCCUGACGAGCCGUAUGAGAUACCAAUUCCCCUCAAGCUCCUUCCGUUUUCCAACCCAGUGUUUGACGAGGAGCUUUCUGCCGUCCACAUUGCCACAGAGAGCGUCACACGCCCCAAUCCCAUAGAACCUGUCGCUUCUAGCGGAGAAGAGUCUGAGGAGUGGGACGAUAGCAGCACUAGUGACGAGUCCGCUGAUGUCCUCCCAUCUGCUCGUUCUUCUCAAAAUAAAACAUCCCGAGAGGACACGCUCUUUUCUGACACGCAGCACUGGCACAACCAUAGAAUGGCCAUUCUGCCCAAGCACCUCGGAGGAGAUGCUACGGCACCGAUGACUGAAUGGCAGCGUAAUCGGAAACUUCGUUCGGACCAACGCUUCAUGAAGACCUUGCAUGACCAAGCCAGCACCUUGACAGGUGCAUUGGGAGCUGUCCUCGAACAAGUGAAAAUACCGACUGCAGCCUCCCUUGCAAAUCAGCGCAACGCGAAGCCAAAAGUUCAUGCUCGUUCGUCAAGCAAAAUUACCGGCAAGCUGUCAAAAGCCGAUGCUAUCCGUGAACAGAAUAUUGCAAAGAAGGGAUCUAAACAAGCGUCUGAGUCUGCAGCGUGGAUUGCGUCCCGCGUCCAAGAGAUGGAAAGCCUGGAUGGCACUGGCCUCGAAAAGUGCCUGCGAGUUCUUGCCCGCAAUCCGCGAACUAGGGAGGCAUCAGUAGGCGCGGAACUUCGGGUCUAUCGUAUGCAUCGCCUGCUCCGAGAGUGGAUCUAUUCCGCUAAUCCAGACUCCUCGACGAGCCGCGACAAAUAUUCUCUGUUGCUCAUGCGUCUCAUCAAGGAAGUUUGGGAGAUUGGCUUUAGCUCAAAAGAGAUGGCUAAUGCAAUCACGAGCGUGUUGAUUGCCCUUGGCUUCAGCGACUACAUUGAUAGUCUCGUGGUCUCAGGUUCGGUUGAUGACAGGGCACUAAGUUUUCGCUUCGUCAAGCUGGUCAAGUCCAAAACCAAGACUGCGGUCUAUGACUUUAUGCGAGUGCAGGAGCACCCUAUCGUGUGGCAACUUCGGUUAUUUGGGGAAUUCAUGGAUAGGAGCAUGGAUAGUCAGGCUGACGCAAGAGUGACCUUCAAGCCAGAUGCGUGGCAACGUGAGGUGCUUGACGCUAUCGACCAAAAUAUGUCUCUUCUCGUCGUAGCUCCUACCAGUGCGGGGAAGACCUUCAUCUCGUAUUACGCUAUGGAGGAGGUUCUCCGAGGGUCUGAUGACGGGAUACUCGUUUAUAUUGCGCCCACGAAAGCCCUUGUCGCUCAGGUUGCAGCUGAGAUUUAUGCUAGGUUUAGCAAGGAUCUCAACGGUCGUAGCUGCUGGGCGAUCCAUUCCCGUGACUUCCGAGUCCACGAUCCGCAGAACUGCCAAAUCCUUGUCACCGUCCCUGAGAUCCUGGCGAUCAUGCUUUUAUCUCCUCCACUCGCUAAGAUGUGGACCCCACGGCUCAAAUAUGUCAUCCUUGACGAGAUCCACACAAUCGGCCAGCAGGAGGGCGGAGCUGUUUGGGAACAGAUCCUGCUCCUGUCCCCUUGUCCUGUCAUAGGUCUGUCUGCCACGGUCGGAGCUCCAGAAAGGUUCAACGAAUGGCUCGAAAGCGUUCAGAAAGCGGGUGGGUUCCAGCACAAAUUCGUGCAUUAUCCCCAUCGAUAUUCGCACUUGAGGAAGUUCUACUACAACAUUCACGAGAAGCCAAGAGAUGCCUUCCGAGGCCUCUCAAUGUACAAGACUACAGAAAGGAUGCGAUUUCUGCAUCCGCUGUCCAUUCUUUCGACCAGCGCACGUUCUCUCCCCUCUGAUCUCGCGUUGGAAGCGAUGGAUGCAUUGAAUUUAUAUCGUGCUUUAAGCACAUGUACAGCCCUUCAGCCCUCUGUUCUCGUUUCCCUCGAUCCCGCGGUAUUUUUUGCCUCUAGUAAACUGCUUCAACAGAAGGACGUAAUCCGAUACGAGGAGACUCUUAAACAACACCUCACGCCAUUGUUAUCUUCGUUUGAUUCGCAAGACUCCGAGACGCCGUUGUCGCGCGUCAUUACCCAGCUUCAAGAUGAUAUUUUAUCUCGCGUCCCAGACAGAGUGUUGAACUCUCAACCUGAUCGCGCUGUAUCUGCCUACAAUCUCAUUCAUCUGGUCGCCGAUCUUCACGCACAAGGGGACCUUCCCGGUAUCUUCUUCUCAUUCGAUCGAAGCGAUUGUGAGAAAAUGGCCCAAAUUUUGAACGACGUGCUCGAGACCCAGGAAGACGAAUGGCGGGAAAGUAGUCCGGAAUGGAAACGCAAAAUGGCACAAUAUGAUGCAUACCUUCAAGGCGCAAAAGAGCGGGAACGCAAAGCUGUACGAGCAUUGAAACACAAGGUCGAUGAAGAGGAUAGGCGCGCUGACACGAGUGAAUGGCAAGCAUCCUUCAGACCUGACGAUCCCCUGCCAGACUUCUCGUUCGCUGGUCAAAGUACUUCGUACACUGCAUCAGAACUUGACGAGGAUAUCGCUGAUCUUGAGAGGCGAAAACCCUCUCCACCUGAAUGGGCAUUGAAAUGUUUGAGACGUGGGAUUGCUGUUCACCAUGCUGGUAUGAACAGAGGGUAUCGCUCUCUGGUUGAGAGCCUCUUCCGCCGUGGCUUCGUGCGCGUGAUUUUCGCAACGGGCACUCUUGCCUUAGGUAUCAACGCCCCGACCAAAACUUCAAUUUUCUGCGGCGACUCACCCUUCCUCACUGCACUCAUGUAUCGACAAUGUGCGGGACGCGCUGGACGGCGAGGAUAUGACACCCUGGGUAAAGUCGUUUUCUAUGCUCUUCCCAUGAGCAGGGUACAGAGACUAGUACUCUCGAAACUGCCAUCCCUCUCUGCCAGUUUCCCUGUAACAUCAACUCUCGUCGUGCGCCUGUUCAAUCUGCUGGAAGGUUCAAAUUAUUCCACGAUUGCUGUCGCUGCUGUGCAGCGGCUCUUCCGCCUCCCACAAGUCAGUUUUGGCUCUGAGGAAGGAAAACACCAGCUUUUACACCAUCUACGCUUCUCAAUCGACUACUUGCGUCGUGCCCGUCUGCUCGAUGAGCAGGGGAAGCCGCUCAAUCUUUUUGGAAUAGCCGCACAUUUGUAUUACACGGAGCCCAGUAACUUGGCCCUAGUUGCUCUGCUUCGCAGCGGCGUGGUCCAUAAGAUUUGUGCGCAACCUAGCCUGAGGCUUGCGAAGCUCGACUUCAUCCAGUUGAUGGCCCACCUCUUUGGACGGCGGUACCUGCCUUCUGCUUGCAUGAAAGAAGAGUACAUCACGAAGGUGGUCAAGAAGUCGCCAUCAAUGGUCGUACUGCCACCACUGUCUAAGACAGCUCGUGACGUGCUCAUAGAGCAAGAGCGUGAAAUCCUCCAGAUUUUCACCGGAUAUGCCCUUACCUACGGGACUCAGCACCAAAAGGACCUUGGGCCCGAUCAUAUCCUGCCUCUUAGCAAAAGGAAUAUAUCGGGUACUGCAGAAGAUGAACCGUCACUCAUUCGCGACCAUCUUCACCGUACCGCGAUCCGUGUUGUCGCACGGUCGCUCUUUGUCGCUAACUCGGGCCACGAUGAUCACUUCGACAGUGUUCAUGACCUCGCUCAAACGGCUCGCCGUGGACUGAGCCUGAACGAACACACCAUCCCAUCGUUCGAAGGCAUCACUGGGAGAACUAAUCAAGAAAGCAGAAAAUACGCGCUGAACGCAUACCUCCUUGACUUCUACAUCCACGGACAGGUGGCGGCUCUUGCCGCUGCGAACGCAAUCAGACGGGGUGAAGUUUGGUUUUUAUUGCAGGACUUUGACCUCACGCUAAUGACUGUGCGUGGGGUACUUGAGCAACUCCUUCAAAAGAGGUCCGCCGACGACAAAGGUGCGACGCUAGAGAAUGCAGACCUCAGCGAGGAGGCAGACAGUGGAUAUGCAUCCCUUGACCCAGUCCAGUGGGAGGAUGAAGAGGAGACGUCUUGGAAGCCGGAGCAGGGAAAGUGGGAAUCGCCUUGUGAUUCGCAGAGACCGCAAGGAGUGUCAGGUGCGGACUGGAGAGUUUUCGAAGUGGUCAAUGGUGCGCUCGAAGAGUUCCAUGAAAAGUUCAAGGCUAUGUGGGCCUAAACGUGUACGAACUCAGCCUUUCUGUCUCGAACCUGUGGAUAAA